AUGAAUUCAGUAGAAGUGAUAAAACUUAAAAAUUUCACUCAAAUUAAUUGCAGCAAAGUAGUGUGCAAUUUUCAUUUCAGGGAUUUAAAGAAGCAACGGCGUAAUCGGACUACAUUUACUACAUUUCAACUUCACGAACUUGAACAAGCAUUCGAGAAGUGCCAUUAUCCGGAUGUCUAUGCUAGGGAAUUGUUGGCACAAAAGGUGAAACUUCCCGAAGUUCGUGUUCAGGUAUGGUUCCAAAAUCGACGUGCCAAAUGGCGUCGACAAGAUAGAGCAGAGAGUAGCGCGAUUGCAGACUUACCACCUGUACGACACACCACGACGGGAAUUCCGUCAUGGGCAUGGAUGACACAUCCGGAUGACUUUUCCGCUUUCAUGCAUCCAUUUGUCCCACCAGCAAAUACUUUAUCUGCUCCUGAUAUGGCGAUCAAAGGACAGUCUUCAACUUUUUGUUUUGGGUACUUGCCUACUGCCUCCAAUACUACUACAGUAAAUAAUUAUACAAACGUUUCAAGUUCAGCAACUCAUAGCACAUCGUCGUUUUCUGAUAUCGAACUACAGAAUAUGAUACCAAAUGGGCAGAAAAAUAUUUAUGCAAAUAAUAUGAUUGUCUGA